GUCUUAUUGUUAAUUUAACAAUGAUUUAUAAAGUGCUAGUGUUAAAUAUGUACUUUGAUUUUAUGCUAAAGUGUUUUUGUAAACUAUUUAAUUUAAAUUUAAACUCUCAAGUGCAAAUUUAAAGAAAUGUGUUGGAGAAGUUUGGAAUGCGAUUUGUUGGUUAUGUGAGAAUGCAAGCAGAAGUAAUGAUUUGUCUUGAAAAAGUACUUCGUCUCGCGUCCAUGUUAGCGCGCAAUUGUUCUUCAAUGCCGAAAAAUAACAACAAAAACAAGAAGUCAAUUUUGCAAACUGUUUUAUUAAUUUAUAAUAAUGGUGUCUACAAGAGGCGUUAAAUAUAAAUUUGGGGAAGGCGAAAAGGUUUUGUGUUACGAGCCGGAUCCGACAAAGGCUAAAGUUUUAUACGACUCGAAGGUAUUGGAGGUUGUAGAAAACAAAGAUAAGCGAGGACGUAAAUCAAUCGAGUACCUGAUCCAUUUCCAAGGAUGGAACUCAUCCUGGGAUCGUUGUGUGGGAGAAGAUUAUGUCCUAAAAGACACCGAAGAGAAUCGGCAGCUUCAGAGAGAUCUGGCUGCUAAAUCACAAUUACAAAUUGGGGCUUAUUUGUACAGAAGAUGCAGGAACAAAAGAUCUCGCAAACUCAGUGACCGUAUCAAUGAUAGUAUAGGCUCUGGUGGAAAAACAAGGAGAGCUGGAUCUUCCGAAGACGGGAGCUCGUGUUCUACAACUGGUCAGAGGGAUAUUGAUACUGAUGAUACACAACAAGAAGAUGGUGAUAGUGAAACAUGUAGCAGUCUCGACAAUGCAGAUUUAGCAGACGAAGAACGAGCUCAUAUCGAUCUGGGUGAUAUUUUAAGGUCGCAUUUGGAUAGGGAUUUUGAGAAAGUUAAACAGGAGAAUAAAUUACAUUGUUUACCUGUCAACCCAAAUGUCGUGACAAUUCUAGAAAAUUAUGUUAAACAUUAUGCACUACAACAAUUAACAAUGAGCCAAAAUGAACCGACGAGAGGCAGAAAGACGAGUCCGGUUAAAAGAUUUAGGGAUUUGGAUAAAGUCUGUCGAAAUUUAAAUAUUUGCAAAGAAGUCUGCGAUGGUUUAAGAAUAUACUUCGAUUUUACCCUAAAGGAUCAUCUAUUAUAUUUAUCUGAAGUCGAUCAGUUGAAUGAAUAUCUUACAGGGGACAAAGUUAAAAUAGAAAUCGAUGAAAGUGUUGUUAAACAAGAGGAGAUUGAAAUCCACCAAGAACAAGAACCACAACCAGAAUACAAACCCAUAACAUCCCUAUCUCUCCCAGACUCACCCAGCGACAUACCCAUGUUCGCGCACCUCUCAGCCGAGACCACAAUCGUCAUCCCCGAGAGCGAGAUCGUCACCUUGACCAAUACGACGGCACCCAUCACCAGAUCGGUGACCAAUCAGCAGUCGAGCAACACGAGCACUGUCAACGUCCUCACGACGACUCCGACGAGCAGCACAGGUGGCGGCAGUAGUUUGCUGAACGAACCGCGGAGACUGAGGAGCCAUAAAUUGGAGCUGGUGCAGGAGAUGGCGGUUGAAAGUGGUAUUAAUAAUAGUGGUGGUAAUAGUGGUGGUAAUAGUGGUGGUAAUGGUGGUGGAGUUGUGGUGCAGUUGGAGGAGUAGGAGGAGCAGGAGGUUGUCCUAUGCAGGUUGAUGCAGCAGGUGGUGCAGGGAAGAUUGAGGGGCAGGGUGCUAAGGAGGAGCAAGCUUUAAG